CUGCCUCUCCUCUGUUAAGGUUCAUCAUGAGUGAGACACGGGACUCAAACUCUUCAGAAAGCUGGCAUCCCAUUUGGAGUGUUAAUGACACAAAGCAGCACCUGUACUCAGAUAUUAAUAUUACCUAUGUGAACUACUAUCUUCACCAGCCUCAAGUGGCAGCGAUCUUCAUUAUUUCCUACUUUCUGAUCUUUUUCCUGUGCAUGGUGGGAAAUACCGUGGUUUGCUUUAUUGUAAUGAGAAACAAACAUAUGCACACAGUUACUAAUCUCUUCAUCUUAAACCUGGCCAUAAGUGAUUUACUAGUUGGCAUAUUCUGCAUGCCUAUCACACUGCUGGACAAUAUAAUCGCAGGAUGGCCAUUUGGAAAUACAAUGUGCAAGAUUAGUGGACUGGUCCAGGGAAUAUCAGUAGCAGCUUCCGUCUUUACAUUAGUUGCAAUAGCAGUGGAUAGGUUCCGAUGUGUUGUCUACCCUUUCAAACCAAAGCUCACUAUCAAGACUGCAUUUGUCAUUAUUGUGGUCAUCUGGGUCCUGGCCAUCACCAUUAUGUCUCCAUCUGCAGCAAUGCUACAUGUACAAGAAGAAAAAUAUUACCAAGUGAAACUCAACUACCAGAAUAAAACGAGCCCAGUCUACUGGUGCCGGGAAGACUGGCCAAAUCAGGAAAUGAGGAAGAUCUAUACCACUGUGCUGUUUGCCAACAUCUACCUGGCCCCCCUAUCGCUCAUUGUCGUCAUGUAUGCAAGGAUUGGGAUUUCACUCUUCAGAACCACAGUGCCCCACACAGGCAGGCAGAACCAGGAGCAGUGGCACGUGGUGUCCAAGAAGAAGCAGAAGGUCAUUAAGAUGCUUCUGAUCGUGGCCCUCCUUUUCGUCCUCUCCUGGCUGCCCCUGUGGACUCUAAUGAUGCUCUCAGACUAUGCUGACCUUUCUCCGAAUGAACUGCAGGUCAUCAACAUCUACGUCUAUCCUUUCGCACACUGGCUGGCCUUUGGCAACAGCAGUGUCAACCCCAUCGUUUAUGGUUUCUUCAAUGAGAAUUUCCGCCGUGGUUUCCAAGAUGCUUUCCAGCUCCAGCUCUGCCAAAAAAGAGCAAAACCCAAGGAAGCCUAUGCCCUAAGAGCUAAAAACAACAUGAUCAUAAACACAUCUAAUCAACUUGCCCAGGAACUUACAUUUCAAAACCCACAUGGGGAAAAUUUGCUUUAUAGGCCAAGUGCAGAAAAACCCAAGCAGGAAUUAGUGACGGAAGAAUUGAGAGAAGCUACCAAUAGCAGUGAGAUUUAAAAGGAGCUACUGUGAGAAUCCUAAUUCUACCAUGUGUUUUAUGUUUAAUAUCAUCACUUUUUGUGGCUUUGUACUUCAAUUAUUUCUAAGAAUGUUCUAAAGAAAAUAUUUAUUGAGAGCCUUGUCUGGCAAGAAAAAAAAUGAGUAAACAAAAAUGGUCAAAUGAUCAUAACUAAUCUUAUGGGGUACAAAAUAUGUACAAUGACUCAUACGAGUUGGCAUAAAUAAAUUCAUUUCUAGGAAACAGUU